CUCGUGCAUCUCUGUGCCGUCACUGAACUAAGUCGCCUCGCUUUAGCAGCGUACAGAAAUGCCAGCGCACUGUGUGGCCUACGGCUGCACGAAUUAUUUUACUCAGAAAGGAAGCACGCAUUUCUACAGGUUCCCGUCCGCGAGGCUACGUGCCGAAAAGAGAGAUGCUUGGGUAGCUGCUGUGACGAGACAGAAUGCCGACGGUUCGCCGUGGGCGCCCAACAAACAUUCUCGGAUCUGCAGCGCGCAUUUCAUAACAGGACGGCCGUCAAAGUUCAAGAACCAUCCUGACUUCGUCCCCAGUGUGUUCACCUACGUGAGAAGUCGCGGCGAUGCUGCUGUGCGUCGCCAUAGCCGAUGGUGGAAGCGACAGAAAGGGGAGCUUGAUACGACAGCCACUUCUGCUACUCCUAAUGACACGCCAGAGUUGCAGGAUCCUCCCAAUGAGAAUCUCAACAUGGACACUAGUGCUGCACAGAAUGGUGUACUAGAUGAGAAUUCGGUGGACCUGCAACAACUGGAAAAUGGUAAGUUUGUGUGCACUUUGCAGAGUUGA